AUUGGCCACUGAAACACAGAGUUCAAUUACUAUACUAAAUCCCAAAUUGGAGCGAAAUGGGAGUGAGCGUGCCUCGGAUCAAGCUGGGUUCACAGGGGCUUGAGGUCUCCAAACAAGGCCUCGGCUGUAUGGGCAUGUCAGCCAACUACGGCCAGCCCAAGCCUGAGCACGAGAUGAUCCAACUCCUCCACCACGCCAUCAACUCCGGCGUCACUUUUCUCGACACCUCCGACGUCUACGGUCCCCACACAAACGAAAUUCUUAUUGGCAAGGCUUUGAAAGGGGGAAUGAGGGAGAAAGUGCAAAUUGCUUCUAAGUUUGGGAUAGCGCGCAAGGAUGGGAUAAGGGAAGUACGUGGCGACCCUGAAUACGUGAGGUCUGCGUGCGAGGCAAGCUUGAAGCGUCUUGAUGUUGACUACAUUGAUCUCUAUUAUGUUCAUAGGAUUGACACUCGUGUGCCCAUCGAAGUUACGAUGGGAGAACUUAAGAAACUGGUUGAAGAAGGGAAGAUAAAAUAUGUUGGCCUCUCAGAGGCAUCUGUUUCAACAAUUAGAAGGGCUCAUGCUGUUCACCCAAUUACUGCGAUCCAGAAUGAAUGGUCACUGUGGUCAAGAGAUUUGGAACAAGAACUAGUUCCCAGUUGCAGAGAACUUGGCAUUGGAAUUGUUACAUACAGUCCACUUGGGCGUGGCUUCUUUUCAGUGGGUCCGGCGCUGAUGCAGAACUUACCAGCGAAUGACUUCCGCAAGCAAUUUCCAAGGUUCAAGGCCGAGAAUCUUGAAAUCAACAAGGUCGUGUACGAAAAGAUGAGUGAAAUAGCUACGAGAAAAGGCUGCACCCCUUCACAGCUGGCAUUGGCUUGGGUUCAUCACCAAGGAGAUGAUGUGUGCCCUAUACCUGGCACCACCAAGAUUCAAAACUUGAAUGACAAUAUUGGAGCUGUUGCACUGAAACUAACUCCCCAGGAGAUGACUGAGCUCUCUGCCUUGGCUGACAUGGUUAAUGGGGAGAGGCACUCGUUCAUGGCGAAUACAUGGAUAAAUUCCGAAACACCACCAUUGUCGUCUUGGAAAGUUGAUACCUGAGAUGCAUGAGACCACCUAUUGGUGCUAUAUUUCCUAUUUGCUGCAAGCAUAGUUACUUAGAGAAUCAUGCUUAUGCUUAUGCUUAUGAAAUUAAUUUAUCUUCUAUGUCACUGCUCUUCUUUGCAUUGUA